AUGAACGGCUACAAGCGAGUUUCAUUAGCAUAUUCAGAAAGACUAACUGAAAUACGGCAUGUGGUGGGUGGGACAAAACACAUGAAUUCAGCGCACCAUGGGGUUCAAAGGACAAGUAGAAAGGCCGAAAUGCAAAUGAAUAGUUUGUUGAGCAUUGCGGUUGAAGAAAAUGAGGGAAAACUGUCCAAUCCCCUUGGCAACCUGGUUCAACAAGAUCAAACUUUGAAUGUGGAUGAAUUCUUGGAGGGAGAUGUCGGACAACUUGGGCUGUGGCAAUGGCUAAUAGCUCUGGUGGCUAUGUUCAGCAAUCCACCUGCGCUAACCUUUCCAUUGUUUGCCAAUUCCGUGCCAAAGCAUCGUUGUAUUUUGGAGCCAGAAUUGGAAGCCACUCUGAGAUCCUACAAUCUGACUUUUGAGCAAAGAGCUUUGGUGGUCGGACCCUGGAGUAGGGAAGGUGUCACUGGCUGCUAUCGAUACGAUAUAAUGUGGAAUCAAAGUAUUCUGUCCGACAGAAUAAAGGAUACUGUUUCCACGAUCCAAACAAAUUUAUCAGUGGACCUUCCUACAACACCUUGCAACAAAGGUUAUGAAUAUUAUUUGGAGGAAGGACAGUACCCGGGAAGUGUUGUGAGAGAAUUCGAGACAGUUUGCACCCGUAGCUGGCUAGUUCCCUUUGGUACUUCCACAUACAUGAUUGGAAUGGCAUUUGGAUUUAUCCUUGGUGGUUUGGCUAGCGAUCGAUUUGGAAGAAAGCGGACCAUCUUGGGCGCGGCUGCGAUUGAAUUUUUCGGAGCGGUUACCACAUCUACGGCGUCAAACUACUACGUCUACAUAUUGGCAAGAGCAUUUAUCGGAGCGGCGAAUAUUGGGAAAUAUACAGCCAUUAACAUUAUGACCAUAGAAUGGACAGUAGCACGAUACCGAAUGAUUCUUAGCUCACUAAUUUCGCUUGGUACCAAUCUUAUUUUUCGUGGCAUCCUCUCACUUGAGGCCUAUUACGUUCGUGAUUGGCGCUGGUUGAAUGCAGUUUCAAUGGCACCGACACUGAUGGUAGUGGUGCAAUAUUUCUUCCUGAGGGAAUCGCCAAGAUGGCUUCUCUCACAAGAGAGGCGUAAAGAUGCACUCAAUGUUAUGCUACACGCCAGAAGAAUUAAUCGUUCCCUGUAUCCUGGAAAGGUUUAUCCAGCAACAUGUCUCGAUCGGCUGAUCGACAGUGAAAAGAAAGAAUGGCACAAACAACGGACUUCUGAUGGGCCUUUGAGUAAUCAAGUAAACACAAAAUACCGUGAGCUUCCAAGAGGAUUCUGUGUGAGCUGCAGCACGUGGGAUCUUGCAAAAAACACUGUUCUCGGCACAGUGUUGUUCUGUGGUCAGUCGAUGUCCAACAUGGGGGUUUUACUGUAUGGUCGUCACGUCCAAGGUAACGUCUACUUAGUAUCGUUUGUCAAUGCCACAACCACCGUGCCCGCCCUUUGCAUUUCUUCCACGCUUUAUCGGAUGCUACGCCACCGACGUCUUCCUCUCAUGGGUAUCUAUGCUGUGACUUCUUUUCUCUUGCUCAUCAGUGGGGUGUGCACCUUUCUCAAUGUAAGUGAAACUGAUUUGCCGUUAAUAGUAUGUGCCAAUAUUGCCCUCAUGUUUUUGGGGGCAACAGGUUCCAUGUUGUUUGUUUAUAUACCAGAACUAUUCGCCUCAUCGAUACGAACACAAGGCUUCGGUGUUAUAGCAGGAUUGGGUCGAAUGGGCAGCGUUUUGUCUUCGUUCGUUAAUGAACUCGACACCUCUAUUGGCCAUGGUCUUCCCAUGAUUUUCUAUGGAUGUGCCAUGCCCCUUUUGGUGCUGGUUAUUCUAUUUAUCCCGGACACAACUGGCGAAAAUUUGCCGGAUUUUACUGACCGCCCAUCAUCAAACAAACUAGAGAACAAAUCGAUCGAAAAUUUAACCGCUGUUUAG